AUGACGCCGCCGCCGUCGGCCAUCCCCUCCGACGAGCGCGCGUGCUGGGCGACGCUCAUGACGUCCGAGCACCUCCUGCCGGGCCUCGUCGUCUUUGCCGACUCGCUGCUGCGCACUCACGCCUCGCGCUACCCGCUCGUCGUCAUGACCACGUCCAAGCUCUCCCACCGCGCCCUCGCCGUCCUCGCCGCCAUCCGCAACGUCGUCGUACGCCCCGUCGAGCCCAUCUACCCGCAGCUCGCCGGCACCCACCUCGCCACCCCCCGCUUCGGCGAGGUGUGGACAAAGCUGCGCGUAUGGGACCUCGACGAGUACGACCGCGUCGUCCUCGUCGACAGCGACAUGCUCGUCACCCGCAACAUGGACGAGCUCAUGCUCGACGAUACCGUCUUUGCACCGCACGGCGCUCCAGACAAGGCUGACCAGUGGAUCGCAAGCUCGUUUGCCUGCACCUGCAACCCCAACCGCAUCAAGACGUAUCCCGACGACUGGAUCCCGGCCAACUGCGGCUACACUCCUCAGUCGCACCCGUCGGCCCUCACCUCGCCCCUCCAGCCCACCGCGUCAUCGCCGCCCACGCACCGCCUCAUCAACUCGGGUCUCGUCGUGCUCCGUCCAGACUCGACGACGCUGCGCCGCAUGAUCGAGCGCAUCAACACCGACCCGCGCGUCGUCGCCUACCGCUUCCCCGACCAGGACUUCCUCGCAGAUUGGUUCGAGGACCGCGUAAAGAUCCUCCCCUGGACCUACAACGCCCUCAAAAAGCUAAAGACGGUACACCCCAACAUCUGGCGCGAUCAAGAGGUCAGGAACGUCCACUACAUCCUCGACAAACCUUGGAAACUCGGACGUCCCGGCACACCGGCCAACCCAAAAGACAUCGACGCCGAGAUCCACUCGUGGUGGUGGGACGCCUUUGACCGGCUGCGCCAGCCGGCGCGCUACAACUCCAAGGACGGCUCGUUUGCCAUCUCGUCCGACGACUGGCGCGAAUGCGUCGAAAGCUACGUGACCCUGUCCUUGUCCUAG